AUGCGUCAAGGCCGACAAGAGGAUGCCCACGAAUUCCUUCGAUAUUCGGUAGACGCUCUACAACGUUCUGCUCUUGCCGACUAUAGCUCCACCUCUCCGAAACACCCGAAUCCCAACAAAAUUCCUCAUGCCCUCGCGGAGACCUCUUGGGUACAUGCCAUCUUUGGCGGACGGCUCCGCUCGAGAGUCUCUUGUCGAACCUGUCACUAUUGUUCCGAUACUUUCGAUUCACUGCUCGAUCUUUCAGUCGAAAUCAACCGCUCUCAGUCCCUUUUACAGGCUCUAGGCCAGUUUGUGAAACCAGAAAUUUUGAGUGGGGAAGACGCGUACCGAUGCGAAAAGUGCAAAAAACCUGUCACUGCGGAGAAGUUCAUGACAAAGGGCAAAAAGUACGUUUUGAAUGGCGUAAUCAAUCAUUUGGGAUCAGGUCCAAACUCUGGCCAUUAUACCGCACACGUCAGAGGAGCAGACGGUCGCUGGACGUCUAUGGACGACGAACUUGUCUCAUCAUGUUCCGGCCCACCUCUGAACCACAAGAAUGCCUAUGUGUUAUUUUAUAUACAAUCAGACAAGGCGCAUCCCAUAGCAACCAAUGACGACGAUGACGUCUCCAAAGGUCUUGGUGGUCAAAAGAGGUCUCGCGACGACAUGGAAUCCGGGGGCUCACGGCCAGCCUUCAAACCCAAUGGGAUCCAGGUCAAGACACAAACUUGGGAUCCAUUCCCUCCUACCAAGAAAUCCCGAAUUGAGGAUAAUAGCAAGGCGAAACAAGGGCUUGCUGGACCAUCACGGCCAGUCCCCGUCGGCGUAGCAUCCACUUUCGGGUCAUCUCUUGUCAGUUAUAGGGACUCUGACGAUAUUGAGGACGAGGGUGAGGUGGUCGAGCCGAACUCAACCAAUCAGCCUGCUUCUCAUGUGACUCUACCUGGUAAAUCAACCCCGAACCGACGCUCCGAUAAACUCAAUUCCACAUUGUCAGCGUCCAAUAAACCAACCACACAGUCCAAACCCAAUUCUCCCUCUACUUCCAAGGCACCUAACCCGUUCUCUCCAACGAAAGCCACCAGUUUUUAUGGCAGUUCACAGAAGAAAAGCAAGCGCUUGGGAACUGAUCCAUACUUGGAAUUUCCUCGGACAAUACAUGCCAAGCGGGACUCGAGCACCAGCGAUAUCCAGAAGCAGAUGGGGUUCACCCAAUUCGGCCAGAAACCGCCGCGCAUGAAAGAACGGAUGAAAGGGAAGAAAAGUUUCUAG